AUGGGCUUCACGUGGCCAUCUCUAGGACGCUGGACGUCCAACAAAACCAGAGCGCAGCCCUCGAGAUCAUCCCGCGAACCCUAUCGUCACGCACCCGCCAGCAGCCGUGCCACGACUACGACGACGGAGUGCUACUCCCCCACCACCGCUCACGAACACGAAGACGACGGAGAGGACAACUACGACGCGCCCGAUUUCUCCGUAUAUAGCGACUCUUCCCCUACGGAGCCCCGGCCGCACCUGCCGCCGCCGCCGCCGCCGCCACGUCGCUCGGUGGCGCCGUUGGCACAGGGCAUAGAGGAGACGGAGUCGUUGCUCAGAGGUGAGUCUCCCGCGGCGCUAAUCAAGCUCAUUCAGCGUACGAAAGGCGCUGAACGAUGGGGAAGGAGAAGCGAUACGUCCAACGCCUUGGAAGAAACGGACGAUGACGCAUUGCACGUUACCUUUGGACCGACGACGACAGUCUGCAUUCGAGGAGGGGCCGCCUACGAUGAUGGCCUUAAUUUCUCCUCCUCUGCUGACCGCCGCCGGUGGUCCUCGGAGGAAGAAACGACGGUUCGGGAUAGGAGAAGACGGGAUUCGUACGAAGACCUGCAGGAGUUUGAGGAUUGGCGGCACGGUGAGACUGGCGGGUGCAGAUGCGGAUGCGGGUGUUGCCAGCAGCGGCUUCACGAGGACGAGGACGAGGACGAGGAGCUUGAAGAGGAGCGCGAUGAAGCGGAAGAGGUAAUACGCCGACACCGACAAGGGCCGGCACAGAUCAGUGGUGCUGUGCCCAGUGGUAAAAGGGAACAAGACGGUGCUAAUGCGGCAAGUCAUAGGUCGGAGGCGCCAAGGGGGAAGGCAGAGGUGGCCAUCGAGACGUCGGGGGUGGGUGGGAGAGAUGGACUGCUUUCUCAUCCGACGAACGGCAUGUUCGAGGAGUAUUUGAUGACGGCCGAGGGGCCGGUGAUGGUCUCAGUGACGACGGACGAGAUGACUUUGGUCGAUUAUACCAGCGGAGAGACGUCCCUAGCGGAGGUCCCCUCGGGCGAGAUGGACUCGCAGUAUACGGAACCCUCCGACGGUCAGGGUAGUCGCCCUCGUCUGCCGUCGCUCUACUUCCAGGAUCUGGUCAGUAUGGUCGAAGAGGCCGGGAUCUCAGCUCCUUCGAUUCCAGUGACGAGCGUGGUCAACACGAAUGGACCUGAUCAGAUGCAACAAGACUCGUCGAGCCCCUCGCAGGAGACGGAGGUGCUCUUUGAUUUCUCCGAGCACAUGACGACCGAGAUGGGAGAGGAGCAAAACGAGAGAUCGAUUGGAGACAUGUUGACCUCGUACGAAGCCUUUUCUGGGGAAUUCGAGGGUUGGCAGACUGACGCUGAUGAGGAGGAAGAUGUUCCCCCAGAGGCAGCGGCUCACGAAAUUAUUCGUCCUGUCACUGGGCUGGGUUGGUACGAUGACUGCGAUGACGACGAGCGAUCAAAGUAUUCCGACGACGGUGCUCAGAACUCUGUGACGAGCAUCAUCAGAGCAGACGGACAGUCCAACGUGGUGUCAGACAGGGGGUCGAACUUCCCAGUCCGGAAAGAUUCGUUGGAAUACAGUCCCCGAGCCCUCACCUUUUCCGAAGCGUCUUACACGGCCGUGAUGGGGGAAAGGAACACGACGACGGAAGCAAGCGAACUCGGCGGGACGUAUACCACGCCCAUGAGAGCUAUUGUCGACAACACGAGCGGCUUUCUCCAGUCGACCACCGCAGAAGACGAGCACUGGGUCUCAUGCCCAACAUCCCCGCGGCCCUCCUCGUCCAUAUACGAUGAAGACCUCUCAGAAAACGAGGAAGAGAUAGACGACCUCAUUGACAUCUACGCAACUACCCCCCCUUCCUCAAAAGAAACACAGCCAUCAUCAUUCUCCCAUCACGAACCCCCACUCUCCCCCUCAAGCCUCGAGGGAGACCUCUUCCCCCCUUACCACCCCUCUUCCCCAUCCGCCCUCACGCCCCUCCACACAAUCGCCCGCGGCCUCUCUCUAGACCCCUCGACGACCCCCUACCACAAACUCCAAUCCCACCUCGCCCGCAACGCAAAUAUCCUCCGCUACCUCGUCCUCCACUGCGUCCCCGCCCCCGACAUCAACCCGCUUGAGCCCGUCAACGACCUCGUCGAGCCAAUCCUCCCCCCUCCGUUGACCCCGGGGCUGGGAGAGUACGCGCAAAACUUCCCCUCCCACCCGCGCAGGCGAGAGUACACCCGUCUCCUCCAAGCAAUCCGCUCCGUGCAGUGGUCCGCAGACACAAUAAACGACAUGCUCGCCGUCGUGGACUUCCACUCCCCGCUUCCCUCUCCCGCGUUCCCGGCCUACCCCUCGCACCAACGGGCCUCCACAGCUAUCCCCGCCUUCCGAAAACUCCGCACCGCCGACGCAGAGCAGAGGGGCUGCCUGACUUCCGCCCAACUUCACGAGCUGAGCACGCACGGCAUCUCGCUCCUGGACGUCUUACAAAUGAAUGACGUCCCGCGGGUCGUGAGCGCGGGGCUCGGCGGGCGUCUCGUGCAGGCCGCGGCGUCUGGGGCGCUGGGCGUAGCGAAGGAGUGUAACUUGCUCGACGAGGAGGGUGCUUUGCUGGAGUUGCUGGCCGAUCCGGAGGAGAGUUCGGUGGUCAAGGGUAGUACCCGGAGCCAUAGGAGGAGGCGAGUGGGUAGAGGGAGUGGGCUGAGGUAUUGUGUGGGCGUUGAUGAUGAGGGCGAGACGGAUGUCGGCGACCAUGGGCCGGUUGACGAAGAGAUGGACGAUGACGAAGAUGAGGGGUAUGAAGAGGGAGCGUGCGUCGACGUUCUUGGUGGAGAGGUGGGAAUCGGGCACGUUGCCGCCGACGACGGAACGUACCUCGUGAGCCCCUUAUCCCCUGAGUCCCACACCGUAGAGCACAACUGGGGGGACCAGAACAAUGUCUCCCUGGCGAUGGCGACCUCUCCACAAUCCGAGGACCUCAUGACCUUCUCCGACGAUGACGACAUCCAAGACCCGUCUUCGGACAACGAUAAUGGUCACCUCGACAUGAACCUUCAUGUCAGACCGCUGAACAUAACGAGAAAGAAGCCCACGCUGAAGAGAUCGCACAAUUUUCGAGAGCUCAGCACCGUAGACGAGAAUACCAACCCACCACCGUCCUAG